AUGGAGACUGACGCGCCCCAACCCGGCCUCGCCUCCCCGGACUCGCCGCACGACCCCUGCAAGAUGUUCAUCGGGGGACUCAGUUGGCAGACUACGCAGGAAGGGCUGCGCGAGUACUUCGGCCAGUUCGGGGAGGUGAAGGAGUGUCUGGUGAUGCGGGACCCCCUGACCAAAAGAUCCAGGGGUUUCGGCUUCGUCACUUUCAUGGACCAGGCGGGGGUGGAUAAAGUGCUGGCGCAAUCGCGGCACGAGCUCGACUCCAAAACAAUUGACCCCAAGGUGGCCUUUCCUCGGCGAGCACAGCCUAAGAUGGUGACUCGGACGAAGAAGAUCUUUGUGGGGGGCCUGUCGGUGAACACCACAGUGGAGGACGUGAAGCAAUAUUUUGAACAGUUUGGGAAGGUGGACGAUGCCAUGCUGAUGUUCGACAAAACCACCAACCGGCACCGAGGGUUUGGGUUUGUCACAUUUGAGAGCGAGGACAUCGUGGAGAAAGUGUGUGAAAUCCACUUCCAUGAAAUCAACAACAAAAUGGUGGAAUGUAAGAAAGCGCAGCCAAAGGAGGUGAUGUCACCGACGGGCUCAGCCCGAGGGAGGUCUCGAGUCAUGCCCUAUGGAAUGGACGCCUUCAUGUUGGGCAUCGGCAUGCUGGGCUACCCGGGUUUCCAAGCCACGACCUACGCCAGCCGGAGUUAUACAGGCCUUGCCCCUGGCUACACCUACCAGUUCCCUGAAUUCCGUGUAGAGCGGACCCCUCUCCCGAGCGCCCCAGUCCUCCCCGAGCUUACAGCCAUUCCUCUCACUGCAUACGGACCAAUGGCGGCGGCGGCGGCGGCAGCAGCUGUGGUUCGAGGGACAGGCUCUCACCCCUGGACGAUGGCUCCCCCUCCAGGUUCGACUCCCAGCCGCACAGGGGGCUUCCUGGGGACCACCAGCCCUGGCCCCAUGGCCGAGCUCUAUGGGGCGGCCAACCAGGACUCAGGGGUCAGCAGUUACAUCAGCGCCGCCAGCCCUGCCCCCAGCACCGGCUUUGGCCACAGUCUUGGGGGCCCCUUGAUUGCCACAGCCUUCACCAAUGGGUACCACUGA